UUUAAGAACAAGGUAGUAGUUGUUGCCAGGACAACGAAACGACGACAAAACUCGACGGCUCUUCUUGCUUCAUCAGACAGCUGUGGAGGAGAGCGGAAUAUCUCACAGAGUUUGCAUGGUCAAAAAAAAAAAAAAAAAAGGUUUAUUCAUAAAGCAAUCUAGGAAGGAAAACAAACCUACUCGUCGACAAACUCCGACUGAAGUAGGAAGAGCGACGACUGACCAGAAGACUGCAGGAAAUACUCCACCCUUGGCGAUAAUAGGCGACCCGUCGCUGUUUAUUAUGGGACACCUGGGAUGUUACACUUGACUCUAGUUCGUCCAGAACCUGCUUUUAUUUGGGCCAUGCGGAUUAAUAUCACGAGAAGCCCGACAUGAUUUCCGCCUGAGCGGCAGUGAGCUGUUCUGCAAAAUGAGCACGAAACAUGAGACGGCAAAAGUUUCAGAAAUGGAGCAACACAUUACUGUCAAAUAUGAAAUCAAGAAGAGAAUUGGAAAAGGGGUAUAAGAAGUCACCUGGUGAAGUGUAACUUUGAUUCCUCAGGCCUAUGGCAUUGUGUGGAAAGCUGUUGACAGACUGACUGGGGAGAUCGUGGCAGUGAAAAAGAUCUUUGAUGCUUUCAGGAACCGCACAGAUGCUCAGCGAACAUUCAGAGAAAUCAUGUUCCUUCAGGAGUUUGGAGAUCACCCCAACAUUGUCAGACUUCUAAAUGUCAUCCGAGCACAAAAUGAUCGAGAUAUUUACCUUGUGUUUGAAUAUAUGGAUACAGACUUGCAUGCUGUGAUAAAAAAAGGCUCAUUGCUGAAGGACAUCCACAUCCGUUAUGUUAUGUACCAACUCUUCAAAGCCAUCAAAUACCUCCAUUCAGGAAAUGUUAUUCACAGAGACCAUAAGCCCUCGAAUGUGCUUCUGGACACUGACUGUGUUGUCAAAUUGUGUGAUUUCGGCUUGGCCAGAUCCCUCAACCAGAUCCAAGAGGACAGUGGGAAUCCGGCACUGACAGAGUACGUGGCCACGCGGUGGUACCGGGCUCCUGAAAUCCUGCUGGGAUCCACAAGAUACACUAAAGGUGUGGACAUGUGGAGCCUGGGCUGUAUCCUGGGAGAGAUGCUGGUGGGAAAAGCCCUGUUCCCUGGAACAUCUACUUUCAACCAGAUAGAAAAAAUCAUGAGUGCCAUACCUCAUCCCAGCCCAGAAGAUAUUCUUGCUAUCAAGUCAGAAUAUGGAUCUUCUGUCAUUCAGAGAAUGCUACUGAAACCACAGGGGCAUUUGGAGGAGCUUUUCCAGCCGACUGUGCCUCCGGAUGCUCUGGACCUAAUGAAGGGUUUGCUAGUUUUCAAUCCAGAAAAGCGGUUGACUGCAGAACAAGCCCUUCAGCACCCAUAUGUAGCCAAGUUCCAUAAUCCAGCCAAAGAGCCAGCUCUCAACUAUGACGUAGUGCUUCCAGUGGAUGAUGAUGUGCAAUUAUCUGUUGUUCAGUACCGCAACAAACUAUAUGAGAUGAUGGUGGAGUGGAGAACUAAUAACAGGAUGCUGAUGCUGCCGAAACCUAAAGCUUGUGUCAGUAGUCCGGGGGAACCCGAUGUGAAGUGCGAUAAAGAAGAGAAAAGUCCAGUGGCAGCAGACAGCCAAAGAGAUGGCAGCCAUGAAGGAAAACCACAACAUGAACAGAUUGACAAGACAAGCAAUGUGCUUUUACAUGCGGGUGUCACCAAGCCUGGAGCUGCAACUUCAUCUCCCCUACCUGCUGUGGAGAAGACAAGCCCGUUAACUGGUCAUGGAUUAGGAAAAACCACAUAUAACCCCAUCACACAUAUCCCAACCAGCACCAAGCUAGCUGGACAGAUUAGUAAUGGAAGUACUACAACAUCACCAGCAGAGGGCGCAAACGCUGCUGUAUCCAUGGGCCAGAUUCUGCACCGUGGUCGCUCAGCUCCUGUAUCCCACAACCGUUCUUUCUCCUCGACCCUAAACCAAACUCAGAACAAUCCUUUAGUCCGCAAAGAUGAGAAAUCUUUGUCUACUGGGCUGUAUGUCACAGCAGCAUGCCUGCACUCAAGUCCCCAGGCUCGUGAGGCUCGCCCACCACCACGCUACAGCAAGAAAGUGUUUCAAAAUAACUGCAAUGUGGCAGCUGCUGGCGAUCCUCGGGCCAAACUAGGUAGCUAUUCCCAGGCCUACGGUACCAUCAGCAAGACAGAACUGGACAGCCUGCUUCGCAGCCGCCCCUACAACCAGUAGCUGCUGUCGUAUCCAUGGUUAUGUAGGAGGCUGAUGUCAUGUGUGUUUAGAUACACAACUUAAUCUGCUUUGGUCGUGUUGUGACAUUAUACAGGACAGUGGAAGUCUGGUAAACAGAUAUUUUGUAAAGAUGAAUAAUUAGGUAAAAUACCUCCUAUGUAAUGUUCAACUUUUACCCAUGGAAACAUGGUUUUAAUUUCACUGCCUGAUAUGUGUGAAAGCACAUUACAUGUAUCCAACUGUAACUUAUAAACACGUCAAUCUAACUAGUUUUUUUUUCCUCCCCAAAAGUUUAAUACAACCAAUUUCACACAUAGUUAAGCUGCUAGCUGUGAAGAAUAAUAAAAUGUUGUGAGGGCCCCAAAUCCUCAGGGUCACUGAAGCUGCUGUUUUUGCUGAAUUAGUCAAAAAUAUGUUUAUAGUAUUUAGAUAGUGGGUUUGUUGGAAGAUAUGCACUAUUGUUACGUAAUGUUACAAACAGGAGAUUUACAGGAUACCACACCUUUUGCCUUAUGUGCCACCUUAAAUUUCUCAUGUAUUUCUCAUGUUGAUCCAAGACCAAAAUUACCUAAGAGCUUUAUGGUUUACUGUCACAUUAACACCAAUCCAGUGAAUACUCCAUAAAAGAACUGUAAAAAUAUGCAAAUAAAUGUUUUGAUUAAUUUAUUAUUGCAGUAGGGUGUGAGUGCAUGAAUGUAUAAAGUGUAUCGCGUAGCAUCAAAGCAAUAUGUUAUGAUAAAUCCUCUAUAAAUGUACAAAUAAAGCAAUGUUAA